AUGUAUCUGGAGGAUCCCGAUAAAUCGGAGAAUGACGAGGAUAUAUACAAAUCUCUUGAGCUGAGCAAUGGGCUGCGAGCUUUGCUGGUCUCGGUACCCAAUGUUGGAGCACAUCCCAAAACUGCCUCCUGCUCCUUGAUGGUCGACCACGGCCCAUUCGCCGAUCCGUGCAAUUAUCAGGGCCUGGCGCACAUGCUGGAGCAUAUGGUAUUCAUGGGAAGCACACCGGACGACGGGCAGAAUGUCGUCUUUGAGCACGUGAAGAAAUACGGCGGCGAGUGCUGGUCGACGCUCCACAGCGAGGACACGCAGUUCACGUUUAAGGUGUCCGAUCAGCACUUGGAGUCGAGUCUGGGUUACUUGGCAAUCGCUCUUAAGAAUCCCCCGAUGCUGCAGGAGACCAUGGAACGUGGACGCGCUAUCGUGGAGUCUGAGUUUCAGCGGGUGGCCAAAAAUGAUUGUAAUCGUCGCAGCCAGCUGCUCGCCAGCCUGGCCACCGAAGGCUAUCCGCAUGGCGCCUUCCAUUUGGGUAACAUGAAAUCGCUCAAGGACAAUGUCGGCGACGACAAAGACCUGCACGCAGCGCUGCACGCUGCCUGGCGCGACAAUUAUGCGGCCAAUCGCAUGUACGUGUGCCUUAAGGCUCAUCUGCCCAUCGAUGUGCUGGAGUGCAUGGUCAUACGCCACUUUGGCCAGCUGCGCCGCAAUGACAUUAGGGCGCCCGAUCUGAGCAAGUUUGAUUAUCGCAACGCCUACCGUUCGGAGUUCCACGAGCAAGUCUUCCACGUUGAGGACGAGCAGAAGUGUUGCAAGUUGGAGCUGACCUGGGUGCUGCCCAGCAUGCGCUCGUACUAUCACAGCAACCCAGAUAAGUUGCUCUCCCGCCUGAUCGCGUACAGGGGAGAGGGCAGUCUCUUUGCCUAUCUGCAUCGCCGCCACUGGGCCUGUCAUCUCGGCGCUGGCACAGACGAGGACCACUUCAAUUAUCACUCAAUGCACGGAUUGUUCAAAGUUUACAUUUACCUCAGCAGCGAGGGUUACAAGCACAUCGAUGAGGUGCUGCUUGCCACCUUUGCCUACUUGCAGAUCUUCGCCAGCAGCUCCUACGGUGCCCUGCAAAAGUUGUACGAAGAUCAGCAGAAGAGUCAGGCGGCGGAAUUCUGUCUGCCAGAUCGCCUCUAUGACCAUGAUGUCGAUGAGUUGGUCUUCCGCAGCAAAUAUUAUCCAUCCAAGUAUAUACUCACCGCCAGGCAGCUCACCUACGACAGGAACGUGCAGCAUUUAUCCGAACUGAUUGGCAUUCUCAACAGUUUUAAGUUCAAUCUAAUGAUUACCUCGCAAGACAAAGUCUACGACAAGCAGGAGCAGUGGUUCGGCACUCGAUACAGCAGCAAACCGAUGCCCGAAAAGUGGAAGAAGCUGUGGAUAAAAUCGCAAACGCAGCGCAUUGCUGAGCUCUUUCUGCCCGAACCCAAUCCCUUUGUGGCGCACGACUUUACAAUGUUCUGGCACGAGCAGGGCAAGCCCAAGCUGCCGCCAUAUCCCAAAAGAUUGAUCAAAACAAACACCUGCGAGCUGUGGUUCCGACAGGAUGACAAGUUUGGCAAGCCUCAGGCCUACCUGUGCUUCUUUUUCCUCACGCCGCUGCUGCGUGAGAGUGUUAAGAAUGCUGCCAUGUGCGACAUGUACGCUUUAAUGGUGGAGAUGCACGUGCAAAAGGAACUGGAUCUCGCCGAAGAGGCAAAUCUCAAUUGCCGCUUUCUGGUCAUGGACAAUGGUUUGCGGCUAUUUGUGAGCGGCUACAAUGAAAAGCUUCAUCUGAUUGUGGAGGCCAUUGCUGAGGGAAUGACCAGUUUUUGCGACACCAUCGUGGAGGGACUAUUCACCUACUCGGCUCAGGUGCAGGCCGAAACCUACUUGGAACGCAUCAAAUGUCCACGCACCGCCAGCAAGAACAUUCUGCAGUGUGUGCUGGGCGAAAAGCCCUGGACAACCAAGGACCUGAAGAAGGCCCUCAAUGACAUCACGCUGGAGGAGCUGCAGACAUUUGCACAGAAAUUACCGCAGGAGCUGUACAUCAAGGCGCUCAUUCAGGGCAAUUACACGGAGCAGGCAGCCCACAAGGUGCUCAAUGCUCUGCUCAGUCGACUCAAGUGCAAACCCAUUGGGGAUCAGCGGCUGGUGGAGAAUCGCAUUGUAGAGCUGCCACGGGGCAGCAAAGUCUUCUGUUUCGAUGUCCCAGGCACGGGCACGAAUGUCACAAAUUACUACCAAUUCGGCGAGAACUCUUUGCGCGUGGAAGUCAUAUUCCAUCUCCUAAGUAUUGUCGUUAAUACGCCGCACUUCCACACAGAAGAACUCAUAGCGGGAGAAGUGGAGGGCUCGAUCCACGUCAAUGCCGGCAUUCUCGGCUACUACCUUUCGGUGAACUUUGAAGACAAUUCGGCACCAGAACACAGUGCCAAUAGAAUGGCCAAACAUAUGGAGACAUUACGCCGUCAGAGUUGCAUGUUUUUCCAUCAGUUAGAUGAAGGGAGCUAUGCCGCCAUUAAAGAGCAACUUUUGCGUGUGGCCCUUUCCCCGCCCCCCACUCUGCGGGACGAGGCGGAUGAGAAUUUCAACGAGAUCAUCCAGGGCACCUAUGUCUUUGGUCGUACUCAGAAGAAGGCUCAUGUUAUGCGCAGCCUAGCCAAAGCGGACGUUAAGCGCUUCCUAAGUGACACGAAAGCCAGAAAUUUGCGCAAAUUGUCGGUGCAGCUUAUUGGGCAUGAAACGCCAAAUGUGGAAGAACUAGACAAGGAGUUGGAUGAUGCCAUUAACGAUUUCAAAAGCGGUCUUGGGAUGUACCAAAAGCUAUCGGUGGAGCCUUGUGUGGACGGGAACUAGCUCUAGGAUGCAAUGAGCUUUGCAAACGCAAGUCGGAGACGUCUGCAAUGGAAUUUCUGUUUCAUGGAAUAUUAUUAGCUUUAAGCGUAAACUUUCACACAUUUUUUUAUUAUUUUUUUUAAUCAAU